UUUUCCUCCUGCCGCCGGGCGCUGGGCGGCGUGUGCGGGCGCCUUUAAAUGGCUUUCGCGGAGCUGCUGCCGGUUCAGUCUCGUCUGUGAUGUAAGAAGAGGCUUUAGGUGUCUGCGCCGAUCGCCUGACUCCUCCACCGCCGCUUCUGCCGGGCUUCGUCUUCCCCUCGCUGUCCUUGGCUGCCCCUCCGCUGGCUAAAUGUGCUGAGCAGCCUCCGCAGCCAGCCCCGCUUGCCUUUCCCUGCCGAGCUUCAGCUGCUGCGGGCUGCCCCCUCUCACUUGCAGCCAGGGCAGCGCGCGCGGUUCCGAUCCCCGCUCAGCCUCGGGGCGCGCAGGCAUGGAGAAGGAGGAGGAGUGCCGGGUGCUCUCCAUCCAGAGCCAUGUCGUGCGCGGCUACGUGGGCAAUAGGGCGGCCGCCUUUCCCCUGCAGGUUUUGGGAUUUGAAAUUGAUACUGUGAACUCUGUCCAAUUUUCAAACCACACAGGUUAUGAUCACUGGAAGGGGCAAGUGCUGAAUGCAGAUGAGCUUCAUGAACUGUAUGAAGGACUGAAGCUGAACAAUGUCAACAAGUAUGACUAUGUCCUUACAGGCUACACAAGAGACAAAUCAUUCCUUGCGAUGGUGGUUGAUAUUGUCAAAGAGCUAAAAGAACAGAACUCCAAUCUGGUGUAUGUGUGUGAUCCUGUAAUGGGUGACACGAGGGAUGGAGAAGGCUAUAUGUAUGUUCCAAAAGAUCUCCUUCCGGUUUACAGAGACAAGGUUGUGCCUGUUGCAGAUAUAAUAACACCUAAUCAGGUUGAAGCUGAAUUACUCACUGGCAGAAAGAUACGCACUGAAAAAGACGCUAUAGAGGUAAUGGAUAUACUCCAUAAUAUGGGACCAGAGACUGUAGUAAUCACCAGCUCAGACCUACAGUCACCUUCAGGAAACGAUUACCUGAUAGCAUUAGGAAGCCAGAGGAGAACUACAGCAAACGGCACAACAGUGACACAGAGAAUCCGAAUGGAGUCUCCUAAAGUAGAUGCUGUCUUUGUUGGAACAGGGGACCUGUUUGCUGCCAUGCUUCUGGCCUGGACACACAAACAUCCAGACAAUCUUAAGGUGGCAUGUGAAAAGACUGUAUCUGCCAUGCAGCAUGUUUUGCAGAGAACCAUCAAGAGCGCAAAGGCACAAGCUGGAGAAGGAAGCAGGCCUAAUUCAGCUCAGCUGGAACUGAGGAUGGUCCAAAGUAAAAAGGACAUAGAAAACCCAGAGAUAAUAAUAAAUGCUACUGUGUUAUAAAGGUUGUAUAUCUCCUAACAACGCACAAUGUUAUUGAUGUCCUCAUUUUCUUUCCUGUAAAUUGUAAUGUUUGCCUUAGAUCUGUGACAGAAACCUGACUUCCAUGAAAUAGUGCCCAGCAUAGAUGAGAUCCACUACCAAGCACAUGUGCUGGCCUUGCUUGGAUUAAGAAGAAAAAAAAGUUGGGUGUAUUAUAACUCCCUGCCAGGUAUCAAAAUGGCUGUCAGAUUACUUCAGUCAUGUUAUGACCCUGGACAGGGGAAAACAAGGUUUUCUGCCUUGCCAAAGACUUUCAGAAUGCAUUUGUCAGUGGAAUGAUUGGCUGGAGUGUAUAUAACUGUGGUAAAGCAUCUAGUGCCAAUUCAGUUGGUUACCUUUUCCCUUUCAUGAGGUUUGGUAGCCUACUGCAAUGUUCAGUACCUCAACCACUCUGGAGUACAAUGUAGAAGGAGAUUCAGGAGAAGAACAGGGCAGGGUCUGAAGACAGUUUGCUUUUAGCUACUCUGCACAGGCCUUUCUCCACCAUGUUUCUGAAAACUGCUCCCAUUUGUGGUCUGUGAAUAAAUGCAAGACUCCACUAUCCAGAGGUGCUAAUCCUUUACUCUCAAGCAACAAAGUAUCUCAUGUCACUUUUUGUUUUCCCUCUUUGAUUUCUCCAGAUAGAACUAAAACUGAGUAAAGGGAAAUGAUUCUACCUCUGACAGAAUAUUGCUUGUCUCAGUUUUAUCAAAGCUGUAAAUUUCCUUAACCAGUACUUACUAUACUAUAAAAUACGAAUAUCCCAGUACAUCUAUUAAGGUUAGGAGGAGAGUGAAAAUCUGUUUUGUUUGCUGAGACCAAUUCACUGUUUAUGACUACUGAUGAAGACAAACCUCUAGAUGUUCUCCUGCUUCAUGCAAAUAAUAUAAUUAAUAUAGAACCAUAUAAUCCAGAUACAUACUCUCACCAAAGGCACAACACUCCAAACAUUACUAUUGCACAACCUCCAUGCCUUUUCAAGAAGAUUUGCGCAGGAAUCUCGUGCAAACCUAGUAGAAAUGAAUGUUGAUUACACCACAGUAGUUGUGAGGAAUUGCAUUCAAAUUGAUAUACCCCUUCUGAGUACAUCUACUGUGAAAAUAUCACGCAUCGUUCUUUGUGGAUUUUAAACACUUUUAAAAUGUCACUCUUAAAGAAAGUUAAUCUAUGCACUUCUGUAGAGAUUAAACAUAGAAAUCAAGAACCCUGGAUUUUAUAACAUGCAAUAAUCCCUUUAAAGUUAUUAAAAUAGCUUCAAGUCCUUUUAGUUGCCAGUAGUUUGUCUUGGGAUUCUGCAUAGUCUACAGUAUUUUUUUGAAACUAUACCCUACUAUUCCUGUUUCUUUCCAAUUCUGACUGUAUUUUUCAUAAACUGUUACAGAUAAAUUGACAUUUGGUCACUCCUUACGACUUUUUACUUAGGGCAUAACAGGGGCAUAACAGGGUAUCUAUCAAAGCAAUUCACAUUUAGAGUCCAUAGCACUCUGUAAAACAUUUGUGAACAAUGUUCUUCCUUGAGGUAAAAAGCCAGACUAUUUUCCUCAUCGUUCUUUUUCUUUUGUUAAAAUAUCUGAAAAUGGGACUCCUGCCAAUGUGUAUGCUGCCACUAAAAGAUUAUUUAUUUAGAAAAUGUAUGUGUCACCUCUCCAGAGACCUGCUUGAGUCAGGUGGGGACCAUUUGUGGGCCUUGAGGCACGUUUGUACAUCCUGUAGAUUCUUCUUAGAAUGUUAAAACUUCUAGUUUUCACUUACUAAAAAUCCUCAUGUUUCUAACCCUCAUGACUGAAGAACUAAGCUUGUUGGUAGACCCUGUCAGUGUAAUCCUUGCUAUCAAACAAGUUUCCUAACUGUUCCAGAGGUAGGGUAAUGUAAUACCUGCCAAUGUUUUUUUAAAUACAGAAAAUCAUUUCUCACAGCAUGUUCAGCUUUAGGUGAGCAUGGAGGCAGUGUUGGGUUGUAAAUAUAGGAGGAAGAAACUUUGCAUGUCCUAUGUUGACUACCAGCCCCUUACAAUUCCAUCCACAGCUUUGCAACAGAUACUGUUUGCAUUGUGGGUGUCUGAAACCACCUGAACCACUGCACCCCUGGCGUGCCUUCCUACUAUCUUAUUCCUGGCCACCUCUACCCAGUUUUGAAGUGGAAUUGAUCUCCACAAAUUUUAUAGCAUAGGUGGCUUUGGAGACAGUAGCAUAAUUUGUUCAUUCAGUUAAUGGAAGAGGCUUCAACAUUGCAAAGAACCAGGAAAAGACAUGAGUAGCUUCUCUCACCUUGAGAUAGUCUGAUUUCUGAUUCUGUUAGCGCUAAUAAAAGGAUGAAGUGCAAGAAACUCAUGCAUCAUUUCUCCAUUCUUCAAUAUAACAUCUGAACAAGUCUGAAUGGACCAGAUACCAUAGGAAAUAACAUUUGGGCUACUUUUAAUAGAACCAGGAAUGUGAGUAUAUUUUUAUACAUAUUCCAGCCUUACAUUGAACUAAUACUACUUUUUACAAUGUGCAAUUACUGGCAUUUUCAACCACUUUUCUCUACCCUUCCCAUUGUGUUUUUAGCAGAUUUGAGUAAAGCUGCAGCCAGAUUUUUAGCAAAUCAGAGAGAAAUAAAUUUUCUCUAUAUAUAACAAAAAACUCUCCAGCUUUUGACCACUGAAUGAUUAAUAUCUGUCACUUCUGAUGUGAUCUGAAGAUUAAAAUCACCUCUCUCAUUGAUAUAAAGAAAAUUCCCUAUAUUAAGUACUGAAUUUUACUUUUACUACUCAUAAUCACAACUGCCAUGAAAUUACUUUUUAGCAAUAAGAAUGUGGGUGGCACAGUACUCUCCUGCUCAUGGAACAGUAGCUGCAGUGUUAACUAGAGAUGGGAACAAACUGGAAAAAACAUGUGGUUCGUGGUUCGUCAAAUUUCACAAACCACAAACUUUCAUGAACCUGCCCCUGGUUCACGAACCGGCUCAUUUGGUUUGUGAAAAUGUCACAUUCAGGUCAGAAAAUCAUCACUUCCAGGCCAGCAGAAGUUCACUUCCGGGUCAGCAGAAGGUCUGCAGGAAGUCCAUCCCCUGUUGCCUAGGAAACUGAUUAAUUGGCACCAGGCUGUCUGCAGAGACGAACCAAAAAACGGACCAAAUGAACCAGCCUAAAAGUUCAUGGCAGUUCGUCAGAAAUGGAAUCUGACAAACCAUGGUUCGCGAACCAUGAACCAGCCUGGUUCAUGCUUUGGUUCGUAUUUCAGUUCGUGCCCAUCUCUAGUGUUAACCCAGUUAAUUUUUUUCCUGUUUUCACUGAUAUAUACUGUCCUAACCACAUAUUCAACACAAUUUUUGAGCUUAGAGGUAUGUAGCUAUUAAGCAAAAAAUAUUCAAGGUAGUAUCCAUUAAAUCACCAAAGGGUUUCUAUUUGUAGACUUGGACUUUCCCACCUCCUUCCUGCUGUGGUCUCUGAAAAUCUGCUCUGAAGGGUCGGGAGGAUUCCCAGGAAUGGCAUGGAGGGGUGCAACUGGAGAAUGGAGUCUGUCAACAUUGCUCCUACACACACACAACAGGAAGUGCCUUCUGCUUACAUAAGCAGGGGUUUGGAUUCAAUACAGUUAAGAAACAGAGAUUUUAUUUCUAAAACAAAGGUCAACGUAACCCCUCUUGCUGAUUGUUGAAGGUCAGCACUGAAUAUUCCAAGGAUAAAAAAGUUUUACUUGACAUAUAACAUUCCAUAUUAAUAUCUCUAGCAAUCUGUGGAGGCUUGGAAACUGUCGUGAUUCAUGACAGUUAGAUCUUUAAAUGGCAUAGUAUUGAUAAAGUUGUAGUAAUAGGACAUGGGUAUUUCUAUAUGACAUUCAGGUUCUUCACCUCUUGCAAAGAAAACAAAUCUGAGAUCUUGUUUGAACCCCACUACUGUUGUAUAAUACCUGCCAUCAGUUGAGCUUACCUGGGUUAAGAGCAUUGAUUGAAAUGCUGCAAAAUAACUUCUUUGUCUUUGUUUGGUAUAUUAGGAAAGAUGAAUGUUCAUUAGAGUUGGAACAGGGAAAUUGUUUUCCAUUAAUAAAUUGGAAUAAGUGGUUUCAUUAGUGAUUUUCUUUUAAAUUGAGGUAAAGUUCACUUAAUACAGAAUUUUUAUAUAUUAAAAAUCUUCCUAAAUGCCUUUCCCAUGGAAGAGCAACAAACUAAUAUGACCAAAAGCAUAAAGCAAAGAACUAGGCUCCCUUGAUUAGCUUCUAAUUUAAGUAGCUGCCUAAAGCAAACAAGUUCCACAUUUUCAAAAAGGCCAAGUAAAAUUCUGCAUUUAAAAAUUAGCAAGCAUUUUAGAAAUCACUGUCAUUACAAGUCCAGUAUUAACCUUGGUAACUGAUGUCCGUCACUCCUUGAUUUUGAGUAAGGCCUAGUCAGCUAGUGCUGCUGUAGAAUCAGUGUUGCUGCUGUAGAGUCCGUGUUUUUAAGACCUAAUGGUGCCAUCUGAAGCAGAGCUACACCGUUCUAAACCCAUUGAUUCAGAAUGGUGCAACUCUGCUACUUAGGAUGGCAUCAGAAAAGGAAUACCUUCUUAAAUUAUAGUAUGUGUUUGUGAUGAUUUUGUUAUUGCUGUGAUUUUAAAGCCUUUUUCUCUAAGACACUGUGCUGCACUUAAGUCUAAAUAUUUUAGAAACAGAUAUAAGCAAUACUCUGCAUAAAUUAGCACAAUCUGGUCAGACACUCACAAGGUUUCAGAUGAUUUUGGGAGUUAGAAAUGGGCAGCUAACAAAUGUGCUUAUUUCCCUACCGACUUCAUAUUUGGGUAUGUUCGUUUAAAGGAACAAGCAUCUCAUAGGGGUCAUGUCCCAUUUACAGAUCUGUCCACAGGCAGCCUUAGGCUCUAAAGAUCUGCACUACAUCAGCUCACCAGAAAGACCUGUUAUUCAGAGUACGAGCCCCCUCCACAGUGCCAGCGCAGCCCCCAUGAUCCUCCAUCCAAGGUCCUGUCUUCUGCCUCAGUGUGUAAAUAAGUGCUUUUGCAGGGGAGGAAAGAAAAGUAAAGAUGGCAAUGUCAGAUUCUGCAGCUAUUUGUUCUUCAAAGAACAGCAAGAUGGUUCUGGGGGAAAGGUGAGAUCUUGCUACAGCCAUGCACUACAGCAGAUCUUACUUUCUUUACCACAAGCUUCUUGAACUGUUUUCUGAAGGACGAAGCAAAUAAUACGACCCCUGUGCACAAGGGAGACUUGAGCUAGUUAAGAUUGGGCUGAAAAUAAAGCUGAUGAGUUAAAAACAAAUUAGCACAGAUAUAUAAGCUUCGCUGAUAGCACUAAGUCAAGUAAAUAUUGCAGCAUUAAUAAGAAAUGCUGCAAUUGUCUUAACAAAAUGGAAGACUAACAGUGUAAUAUAUUGUAGCUCAUUUAUGUUUAAGUAUACUUUUUGUAAAGAUCUUCUCAAUGUUACUUGUUUAGCUAUGUUGAUUAUUGUGGUUUUACUUCCUGGUGGAGCAUAAAGGGCUAAUGACAUGGAACACACAAAUGCAUUUAACAGAGUCCAGUACCUAUUCUUUAAAAAAAAUAAAAAUGACUUCAGGAAGGGGAAUUUUGAGCAAAGCAGGAAAAGGAUUAAGCACCAUCAACUACUUCUCCACUCAAAAAAUGUCCCCCUGCCAAAAGCUGUUUGUUUGUUUUUUAAAGUAAAUGAGCAAGCAUCAGGACAUAAUUACACGCAUUUGCAUGGAACAUUUCGUUAGCCCAUCAGCAGGACCAAAACUCAUGUAAAAUGAAAUAUCUUAUGAGCUUGAAUCCAGUUUUUAUGUACCCAUAAUUCUUUCUGACAUUCUUGGCCAUAAAGACAUCUGCUUCCAGUAAACAGAAACUGUCUUUUGUGGAAUCUUAAAUCACUCUUGCUUUUAACAUGCUUUUAAUAACUCUUUAAUAUUAAAAUUAAUUUAUAUUUUAGAUGUUUAUUUGCCAAAUUGCAAGAAAUCUGUAAUCAGCGCAAUAUAUAAAAAAAGGACCAAGAUUUCUAGCUGAAGAUACUGCCUUGUUAAGAGUAACCUUAUAUGUAUCUUGAUUGGAUAGUGUUAAUUCAUUGUCUGGUGUGUUGCAGUGAUUGUAGAAGUCUCGUAACUUAAAAUAUGUGGCGAGAAAGAUUGUAAUAAAAAUAUGUAUGUUUAAUAAUAUUGUGCAUAACUAUUGUUAAAUCCUAUUUUUUAAUAUAUUUGACCAAUUCAGAAGUAAACAAAACAAGAACAGUUUGAUAGUAUUGCUAAAUCAGAUACCUUUCUUUAAGUUUAUUGAUAUUGGAAAUGAAGACUUACUUUCAGAGGGACACACAUGAAAAUGUCUAAAAGAAACUGUGGUAACACCUUAGGAAGCAUUAAUUGAGCCCAUGCGGAGGAACCAAAUUAUCCCAGGAAGAACGCCCUUUGUCAGAGAUAGCUUGAGUCCUGUACAGACAUUCACUUGUGCUUAUUCUAAAUGUGCAUAAAGGGGAGUGGAUCUCAUGUCAAAAAGUGGUGUCUCUGAUUACAUCCUCAGAGUCUGUGCAUGUACAUUUGUAUGUGCAUAGGGCUUUGUGCAAAUGUUCCAUCGAACAUGCAAUAGGGUACAAUCCCAUUCCCCACUUUGCAUUAUCAAAUGACUGCACAGGUUUUUGGUUCUCUGUAUUUUCCUAUUUAGUAGAUAUUUUAACACUCAAAGUGCAGAUAUGUUACAAAAUGUGUAGUAUGGCAUGUAGUAAAAUGGUUAUUCAUAAUGGUGCCAAGAUUAAUAUGUUUACCAAUGAAUGUUAAAAAGUUAUGCAACGUUAAUGUCAACAGUAGCUGACAAUAUGAGAUGUUCACCAGACUAGUUUGUGUCAGGUUUAAUUACUCCACUUGUGAGAGAUCUUCAUUUGAAAAAUAUGGAUCAUUGUAAAAUUUCCAUCCUGACAGAAGUGAAUAGGACAUAGAUGGUUAUGAUUAGAAUAGAAUGGCUUUUGCAAAUAUUCAGUAGUUGGAGAAGAUGUGUAUUGAUGUUGUGGCAAGAGGCAUUUGAUUGAAUAAAUGGAUUCCCUUUUCCCCUGUAUGGGCUGCUUGCAAAAGGAUCUCUGCCCAGGAGAACUAAAAACCUCCAGUGGAAUGAAAGAACUAGAUCCAGUUACAACAACAAAUUGGUAGAGGCACAAAAUCACUACAUGCUGUUUCACAAGUCAGACUAUGUGUGCCAUUGGAGUUGUGUGUUUGGAAUUCUAGAGGUGUGAUUUGAUCCCAAAAGCAUCAGGGGAAGACCAGGGAAAGAAGGGUUAACUUCUCUUCCCUACCUGUUCACCAUUUACUGAAUUGAAAAUGCCCCCCAGAGCUGCUUCAACCCAGUUAAGUACCAUUGUGCCUACCUUUUUUCCAUCGCUAGAGCUUAAAAUAGCUCAAGAGGGCCAAUCCUAUACAUAAUUAGACAUGGUCAUGAACGGGAAAAAAACCCCGAACACCCUGUUCAUCGUUCGUUGCCAUCCACGAACAACGAACAUGGACGAACAUGAACUGUUCCCGGACAUGUUCAUUGUUCAUUGUUCAUGGGGGCCAGAACCACCCCUGCCGCCUGCCAGCUGAUAGUUUAAAGGGCCCUGUCCUGGCAAAAACAGCAGUGUCUGCUGGCAGCUAGUUUGAGGGGUUACAAACUAACCUUCCCAAUGUCCAAUACCCACCAAAUUUGCAGGGGACAUAGUCCUUACUGUCCUCUGAAGACCCCCCACGUUUCAGAGAAUGCACCCCGGGAAAGGCAUGAUCCACAGGUCUCCCCGUUGGCUGUCAUUGUCUCUUCACAGUGGCAAAAACGGGACUCUCUGCUGGAAGUACUUUGAAGGGUUAAAACCAGAAGGAGUUCAGACAGAGUUCAGUCCCCGCCUCCGGUUGCCAAGGGGAUUGAUUGCAGGUGCCAGACUGUCUGGCUUGAAGAACAGCUGCCCAAGGAGGCUUGCAAUGAUCACCUGUUAGUUUAGGUUGGGGCCUCACGAACAGCUUGUUCGUGAACAGCAUAUUGGGCUGUUUGUGGGUUUUUUCUGUUCGUAAUGCUGUUCGUGCCCAUGUCUAUACAUAAUCCCACCUUCCUCAACAACACAACCUCAAUCCAAAUAGGGGAAUCUCCGCUCCUCCCCAUAGUGUGAUUGCCUUUUAGAGUCAAGUUAUCACUCUGGAAUGCCAAUCACAUGUAGUUUAUAGUCUCCAACCUUAAGGCACCUGAAUAUGAGAUAUUGUGAGCUGUGUAUAAUCUACUGAUGGUCUAAACUAUGGCCUAAAUAUUUCUUACUCUCCAGUGGGACCUUAGUCAUAGAUCACUCCCCUACCGCAGUCCAACUUGUUCUUGACCUACCCAACUCUUUUCAAGGGAGAAUUACUUUGAAUGUUUAUUGAGCAAAGGCUGAAAACCAAGAACUUUUUUUUUGCUUCAUUCAAGAAGCACAUUGCUUAAUUAGGUUCUGCUAUGCCUAUGCAUAGACUGCAGCUAAAACUUUAUACAUCAUGGGAAUAAUGUUAAAAUACCAAAGUUCUUGUGUUUAAUGCAUUUUGCCAUUCUCAGACAUCUAAAACUUACAAAAUAAAAUCUUCUAGUUUAAAAAAUAAAGAUAUGUCCUUGAAGAUGCCAUUUAUAGGGGAACUGGCAAAACAGAAAAUAGGAGAAAUUAAACGAAAGCAGUCUGGAAGGAUAGAAAAUGUUGGCUUAGCUUCUUAUGAUUAUCUCCAUCCUUUUGUGAAGCUCUCCAAAAUUCUAAUCUUAUUCCUAGAUUAUCCAAGACACAUUCCAUGUAACUGGUAUCUAUUACUCCAAGUUUCUGGCCCGUGUGCUUUUCUGAAUAAGGAUGUAUUCUUGAACUGGAGAUAGUUAAAAGCCAUAGCUUGGAGAGGCAACACUGCAUUUGCAGAACUAACUAUAAGAAGGCUGCGCAAUAUGUUAGUAAGUGGAAAUUACAUGUAUUAUUUACAUAUUGCCUUUUUAUUACAUUGCUGGUUAGAAUAAUACUGUCUUAGGAGAACGUGGCAUGUAUACUCUGUGUGUGUGUGUGUGUGUGUUUGAAGUUGUAGCUGUAGUGGGGUAGAAUUUGAGGGCUGGAAGUGCAGGCCUUCAGAAAGAGAAAUAAAAUAUAUUUUUAUAGACAGCCAUAUGAUUUUAGGUUUCAGUAGCGCUGUAUCAGCCUCUUAUAAGAAUGUCAAAUGGCAAGAGAGGAUAGCAGGGUGUGGCUGUACAAAAUGAGAAAGAUCAAUCAGUCCCAACAGCCCUAGAUGGAUUUAAUAAAUAAAUAAAGAUGCCUUUAAAAUAUAUUUUUAGCUCUAAAAUACUAGAUGGAGAAAUAUUUACAAGCAAACUUUCUAUGUAUUUGACAUUUAUGUAGUGCUUUGUAUUGAAAAAAAAUUGAUCUGUUGUAUGUUUCUAUCUUCUUAAUUGUUCUUGGGUUGUAGGAACAAAAAGCAGAUGGUGAAUAAUUUUUAUGCUGAAAAAAAUAGUUUCUGUGGUGUGCAACUAUGUAUAAUGUUGGUAGCCUCAGUCCUAAUGAAAAAAUGUUGUGUUUGUAUACUUUCUGGUUGGCACAUGUGACUUUUAUCCAUUUUUGUAAAAUCCAUUUUUGUUAAAUGCUAAAAUGUGUGGAACAUGAUAAUAAAGACAAUGAACUAUCUAAA